AGCUGUUUGAGUUCGAGGUCAAAGUAACGUAGAAUCCGUUGCCAUGUCCUUCUCUCCAAUUCUAUUAUGCGUUGUCUCUCUUCUGGCUGUUGCUUCAGCCAUUGUUUGUCCGCCAGAGAUGUUGCAGGCUGCACCUAUUGGACUGCCUGCAGGUUCAAAGUGUGGGGGAACUUGUCAUGUCCACGGCCAUUGCGCUGCUGGUCUUUCCUGCCAACAACCACGGACUCCUAUUCCUGUCUUAGGCAUUCAGGCAGCUGGUGUUUGCGUUGAAAGCCACAGCUUUGAUGCGGAUAGCGACGACGCAGCAGCAGUCAAACAAACAAUCCAGGAGGCGUUGAUACUCUUGAAUGCACGGUCGAAUGAUAUCUACAUGCUUGUGCCUGUGGGAUUGCUUGGAAUGCAGCGUGAACCUUCGCAGACCGAAGCAGUGUACAGGCUGUCUAUGAAGGUUGCGCGCAGCCAGUGCCACAAUGAUGGGAAACAUGACCCUUUUGAUUCUGAAUGUCGAGCAGACGGCAGCGACAAAGGUGGCUUUAAUGUGGACAUGGUUGUUAGAAGGAACCAGGAUUCAAGCUACACUCUUCUGAGUCAUUCAACUGCUGAAAAGGUGCCACUGCCGCUCACAAUGUGAUCGCGAUAACAAAUCUUGCAUGGCACUUUUGCUUGGAAGCAGGAGGGCAGAGUUGUCACAAGAACAAAGUGCCCAUAAUUUGCUUCGAUCCCUCACGAUUUGAAUGGACUCGGGCCCGUUGACAUAUUUGGUUUCGUCCACCAACGCCAAGAAAAAACACAUAUUCGGGUUGAUUAAUGUGGUGAGAUAACUGUGACGGCCUAACUGGCCUUGCAAACUUGCACUGGAAAGAUUGAGGCCUGUGCUUAGAGGAAAAUAUAUCGUGCUCGG